AUGGAAGACGUCCGUCGAGAAUUGAAUGAAGUAAGGGAGGAAAUACAGGGACUGCACAGUGCCAUCGACGACUUGAGUGCGCUCGUGAGGCAAAAUCCCGAGCAACGUCCAGCUGAAGAAGUUCCUGCGCAGCAAGAAGAGCGCCAGGUCAUCGCGGAGAAUGCGCACUUUAUGGAAGCGAUACAGGAUGCCGGUGACAGUGAUAGCAAUGAAAGCACCGAUGACGACAGCGACGCAUCCAGCGAAGACGACAGCAGCGAUUCCAGUGACGACAGCGAUGACAUUGCAAUAGAAGAGCAGCAAGCACAAGCUGAGAACCCCCGCGACGUUGAGCAGCCGAGGGCGGAACAGCAACAUGAACAUGCUGAAAACCCACCGUGGCAUCGAGGAACCAAGGGCUGUCCAGAGAUACGCACGAGAGAUGGGCCAUCACCCUGUGAAUGUUGA